AUGGCAGAACCCCCGCCAGAGAGCUCUCAUCCCCCACCUGGCGCGCCCUUGAUCGAUUCUUCUCGAUCCCACGGCGACUUCAUGGAAGAUACAGAUCCCCAAGCGACCCGGAAACGUCCGCGUCUAGAUAGCGGAAAUCCUGUGGGAGAGUUGUUGUCCAUUGACGCCUGCGCGACACCUCCGGCCGCACCUGCCUCGGAUAUGGAUGUCACUCCCGAUUCCACUCGCCCCAGCAAAGUUACAAUCAACGUGAAGUCUCCUAAUCUCGACAUGAUUUCCGAUUCCGUUAAUCACACUCCCUCACAACCCCAACUACCUCACUCUCCUACCGCCACCCCGCACUCCUCGACCGCCGACAACUCCGACGCGAACUCAACAAACGUGAUCUCGAUAGCUUCCUCCCCCGCCCAAAGUCCUGAAAUCGAGGUCGCCGAGCUAGAGGAUAUGGACCAAGAUCCCAAAGAAUCUAGCUGGAGAUCUUUGGGGGGCCCAUUGCGCGACCAUGCCUCCCCAGAUGUUGUUGAGGUCCUUGAUCACGAACUGCCCAUCAGUGAAGGAAAGAGCACUCUCAUCACUCUGGAAGAGCUCCUUGUUGAUUAUGUACACAUCACUCUUCAUUUACUCCGCAUGGACUGCAAAAUCUUACGCCAUGCGACCGACGAGACUGAAAUGCCGGAUAGCCUGGCUUCUGUCUACUUGAAGCCUCUCGCCUGGAUUUUACAAUAUUCCUCAAUCCCAUUAUUUCGUGCCAUGGAAACCAUCUACGGUGUCGAGCUGAUCGAUGUUUUGGCUCGUGUCAGGGCAAAGACAAUCGCCCUCGGUGUUGUUCAGGAGCUGACAGACUACGCCUCUAUGAUUAUGCAUAAUACUGCGAAGUGCCCGAGCUGGAUCGCUGCUUUGGUUCCAUUCCUCUUCGUCACGACCAGCCUGGUGGACAGCACCUUGGAACGGCGACAGACCCUAUCUGAAGGAUUACCUCUUGAUUCGCCAUCCGACACCCCUCAUUUAAAGCUUCUCUAUGAAACCAUACGCCUACUUGAUGAGAAGUUCCAAGAAUGGAUUGCCAAGAAAUCCCCGUGGCUCACGAGUGACCAGGCCGACCAGUUCUUGCGUAACAUCCAACGCUCCUUUACCUUGCUCUGUGUCCGUGAUAGCGAUUUUAUCAAGAAACUGUCCAAGGACCUCUCAAUUAAUAUUCCAGAAGAUGCCGAUUCCCAAAAUCAGCUUUCUGUCGUUACCUGGGGUUGGAAGUUCCGAAUCUUGAAGAAAUACACGAUGGAGGGUCGUAUGGAACUUCGAGCCCAGGGUGUGGAAUCAAUGCAAGGGGAAUUGAUCACCAUUUGGAAUGAUUAUCUCAAGCCAAAUCCGUCAUCAGUCGCGCUGCCCUUCGUCCAACAUCUGGUCCACUUCAUCUUGGAUAACAAGAUAGUCAAUUAUCUUGUCGGCGUCGAUUCCCAUCCCCAGUUGAUCUCCCGCUGCAGCAAUAUCGUUGGCUUUUUGAUUGUGACAUCGAACUAUACCAAUUCUGAAACAGAUAUCAUCUGGGAAACCUUGAUACACAGCCAGGACAGUCGCAUUGUCUCAGAGGUUUCAGCCAUGCUUGUCCGAACCUUUUGGAUGCAUCGUAGGGAAGCCCCGGCUUUGAUAUACAUUUGCGACAAAAUCUUGGAGCUACCCAUGGAUCGUCUUGAUGCAGGCUUUAUCGAAAUCUGUGGCGGCCUACUCAAUCGGAUGGCCGAUCUUACCGAUUCAGCCUCUGUUAGCUAUAUCGACCCGAUUGCGUUGAGACUAUGCGUGCGAUUGAUUCGAGAAAGCACUGCAGCAGAGGACAUGUCUGUUGACCGCAAAAAGUCCCUGCAAACUGUCGGCACUAAGAACUUAGAGCGCUUUAUCAAGUUCGGUAUCAGUGCGGAUGACAGGAUGAAGAUAUAUGAACUCUGUAUUCAGGAUAUUGCCGAUAAGAACCAAUUCACGGCGGGAAGUAUCCAAGUGCUCAGUGCCCUUAUCCCAACGCACGACUCACAAGAGAUGCGAAAGUUGGCUGAUGAAUUCGACUUAACUCGACUUGUGAUCCAUGAUCUUCUUCAUACCGUGAAUGACGAUCAUGUCGAUUUUGCCGAUGGAUUCUCACACCAUGGCCUUAUUUCUCGUGUUGCGAUUUUGUUCCGCUUGAUCGACAUCGCACCGGAUACAAUCACUCCAGAACUUGCGAGCUCUUUCUGGAACGAAAUUCUCCUAUCGCACAGGUUGGGACAAGACGGACAUAAGGCGGUUUGGGAUAUGAUGGUGAACGCUUUGGCUAGAAGCUCCCAAUCUAACCCGUUUCUUGAGCGCUGCAUCCACGAUUAUCUUUCUGGGUUGUCUCCGAGCGAUUACACCCCUGAACUUCUUUCAUUUGCAAAACAUUCGAUCAAUUAUGACAUCCGAUUCAAACCUCCGCUCUUGGCUGGAGAGAACGAAGUUAUCACCAUUCCUGGGAUGGAACGGAUUUGGAAAUUCAUUCUGACAGCUCUCCCCGGUACGAUUGAGGCCGAGGCUACAGCAUUUGCAAUCGAGAUUUACCUGGAUCAUGUGAUCAUUCGCAACUCCCCUCGAUCCGCGGUUGAAGCUACCCACAUUGCGAUCGUCAAUCGUUGUAUUGAUCAACUGAAAUCUACCGCGGAAACCUUGAAGGUUGCUGAAAGCACAGAAGCCAAUGCCGAUUCUUCGAUGGAAAGCGUGACACUAAAUGGGGACGUACUAGUAGGGCCCAAUGAACUCAAGUUCAGGCGCUCUCUUCUUUUCCUUCGGCAAUUCUUGUACGGCUUGAGAACCCGUCCACACUACAGCCCACCAAGAGGGACGCCUCCCUGUCUUCCAGAGCGUCCUUUGAAAGGCAAACCCGUCGAUAUCUUCUGGCAAUCUUUCGGCAAUGGCACUUCGCCCGUCUCUACUUUACGAAUCGGUGAUCUUUCCACCGCAACAGAGCUUUCGGAAAGGUUGACCCAGCUUGCUGGGUUUUCCAAAAUCUCUAUCAUCUGGGGAGGCAAGCGUAUUGAUUUGCUCAAAGACCCGGAAGCUCUCGUGAAGGACAUGUCACUUCACACUGGUCUACUCUUACUUCACAAGGUACCGGAUGCUCAAGAAGUCUCCCGUGAUAGUCGACAGCAAUCCCUCACAACAGUCGACUCUGAAGUACUCAAACAUUUCGAUGAAAUAUAUGAACUUCUUUCCCUCAAAGAUGACUUGGCCAGAGAGAUAUUCGACUUCCUCGUUGUUUUCCCACCACAAGAACGAAUUUUGGACCUUGUCAGCUCAGAUACCAAUGACGAAAAAUCCCUUUUCCCACUUCAGAAACCCUUCCUAACGUUUUACUCUUUGAGCGCGCUGUUGAGCUGUCUUCGGGAAGAGGAGCUCAGGAAAACACCCAAACAAAGCUUUGUCUCGCACAGCAUUGCGAUCCUGGUGGCGUUUUUAAUGUCCGAUGAACUACUGGAGUCUUUCACAGUCGAUCAGAAUCGACUCGCUCUCACCACGAAAUCUACCGAGUGUCUUUUAUCUGCCCUUGCUGUUUAUCAUCAGGAGAACAACAGCUCGACUUUGAUUUUUGACCCUGCUCCAUUUGCUCAGCGCCUGCUCCAUUUUAUUGAGAAUGGGCGCUCCCUUAACGCAACCCGCAUUCUUGCUCCAGGCAUUCAGAAAUUGAUAUGCAACUCAUUUGCAAUCCUUAUCGAAGGCUCGGUGCGUGACUACAAGUUUUGGGAAACAGUCAAACAACAAACUCAGUUCGAUCAGCUGAUUCGGGAGUUGCUUCUCGAAGAAUCCGUAUCGUCCAUCAGGAAAGAUGUUGCAGAACGAAUUAAAAUGAUCUGCACUCCUUCAAAAUCAAUGAAGCAAUCGGUGAAAAAUACUGGAGAUGGUUUGCAGGCUCAAGUUUCUGCAGAAAGCCCUAACCGAGUUGACAUGCUUGCAACCAUUUGGGAUACGUUGGCUCGGACUAUCCCACACACGCCAGAGUUUGCUGGCCAAUCUGCCGAGUUUUUCAAAGUUGUUCUAUGGGUUUUCCGCUCUGUUGCCGAAAGGUCGCCUCAUGAUGUUAUACUCAGUCGCUAUCUCCGAGAAUGGACCCAAGUCAUGUUUCGUCACGAGACCGAGGAUUUUGUUGGACGUGAGAUAGUUGACGAGUUCGUUCUGGGAUUUGCUCUUCUGCUGGAGAACUGCCUUGAACUGGCUGAUCGUGCCGAUAUUGAACUUGAUUCAUUUGAUCUUCCAGAGAAAAUCUUGAGCAUUUAUCUUUUUCCAGAUUUGUCGGAAACCGAUGAUGGCCCAGUCGUCCCGCGAAUUCCCAUUAUGCAUCAGUUGACUCGCCAGAAGCUAUACAAAAUCGUCAAUUUGCUGUGCAAGCGAAACGACGUCAUUCUUCACCAUACGAUGCGACAGCUGGAAGAUAUUGUCCCUCGGGAUGUUUCUUACAGCCCAAGCUCCAGUCUGGAUAGAUCAAAGAUGAUUCGAGCUCCAGAAGGUUAUGCUGGGUUGAAGAAUCUGUCCAACACAUGCUACCUGAACUCGCUGAUGACGCAGCUUUUCAUGAACGUGGAAUUCCGCGAUUUCAUGCUCAGACUGCAGGUUGUUGAUGGCGAUGUAUCUCAGAGAUUGCUAGACGAAACCCAAAAGCUCUUUGCAUGGAUGCAGAAUACCUGGACAAAAAGUCUUGACCCGCAGUCGUUUGUUGAGAGUAUUCGCACAUAUGACAAUGAAGCCAUUGAUGUUACCGUUCAAAUGGAUGUUGACGAGUUCUACAAUCUUCUUUUCGACCGCUGGGAAGCACAAGUUGUCGACUCAAGGGAUAAGAAAAAGUUCCGUUCUUUCUACGGUGGUCAGUUGGUCCAGCAGAUAAAAUCCAAAGAGUGCUCACACAUUUCGGAGAGAUUGGAGCCAUUUUCCGCCAUUCAGUGUGACAUCAAGGGCAAGGCUAGUCUUGAAGAGAGCUUAAAGGCCUAUGUUGAGGGCGAGAUCAUGCAAGGCGACAACAAAUACUCUUGCACUGCAUGUGGCCGCCAUGUCGACGCUGUCAAACGAGCCUGCCUGAAAGAUGUCCCUGAUAAUGUCAUCUUCCACUUGAAAAGAUUUGAUUUCGAUAUGGUUUCUAUGACAAGAAGCAAGAUCAAUGAUGAGUUUCAGUUCCCAGAGCGAAUUGAUAUGACACCAUACAAUGUUGAGUAUCUAUCUGACCCAGAAAUGAUUGCUGAGCCCGAUGUUUUUGAGUUGGUCGGUGUUCUGGUUCACACUGGCACAGCUGAAUCUGGACAUUAUUACUCAUAUACUCGCGAGCGACCUUCUGCAGGCUCUGAGCCUUCGUGGGUUGAAUUUAACGACUCUGAUGUUAGCCGAUUUGAUCCUUCUACCAUCAGAGAUCAAUGCUUUGGUGGCGAAUCGAUGCAUUCUAUGGGAGGGACUCAGAUGAACAAAGUAUGGAACGCAUACAUGCUUUUCUAUCAGCGUGUAUCAACAAUGGAUGAGUCGAAAGAGUCUUACCAGCCACUGAAGCCAAAUUUCCCGGUGCGGGUUCCUGUACCAAUUGACUGUGCCAACCUCAUUGCCAUGGACAACGAGUUGAUCAUUCGAACCUACUGCCUCCUGGAUCCUGCCUAUGCCCUGUUUGUUACCCGUCUUCUUGAAGGAUUGCGAGAGGCGAGCCCUGAGUAUACACCCAGGUCGGAACUCGAAAUGCUUGCCAUGGAUGUUGGGCUAGAUACUUUCGAACAGUUGAUUGCUCGAACGAAGGAAGGCUCGGGGUCGGAAGGUGUUUUCAACGAGCUUAACAAAUUGCUCACUCGAAACCCAUACGCCAUUUUGCGGGCAAUGAAAUGGGUUUGCGACAGAAACACCUCACUCCGUAACAUCAUUUUGCGAACUUCCAAUCAGGAUAUUCGACAGAAGGGAAUUGUUCUCCUGGUGGGAUCUCUUCAACGACUUGGUGUGUACCUGAAAGAUUCAGACAUCGACGACAAGGAGCGUGUUCAUCUGGAAAGCCAAGCCCAGCCGCUGAUUGAAUGUAUUGUGGAUAUGCUGCAAAGCCUAUGGCCUGCAAUACAGAGUCUUCCACGCGCCUGGAGUGAUUAUUUCGACUGUUUCCUUCAGCUUGCCGAUUGUGGACCACAAGUUGUUGCCAUCUUGCUGCACAAUCACAUUUUUACUCGAUGUCUCGAAAUCAUUUGGCUCGAUCAAGACGACUUGAUGAGACUAAGACACUCCUACCCAAGUUACUGCAGAAUGUUAGAGAAGGGACGUCGUUUCAAUUAUGAAAACAUGAUGACUCUCUGCGCUGUCUUCUUCAGGAACAUUGACUUAACAGUUCCUGCAUUGCCCGACAGUCAAUUUCGCACACAGUUACCAAAUGGAAAGUUCGCGCUCAGCUUCAGCGAAAGAAGAUACAUCCGCCAUGUCGACGACGAUGGUAGCGCCGCGUUUUUGAAGCAACUGCUUCCCCAUGAUCAUGUAGGGCUUCAAGAUGCUUCAUUGAAUAUCUUUGCCAGUUUUAUGGCGGCAGAACCCGAAGCGAACUUCCUAUCCCGCAUUGUCAAAUUGUUGGAGAUUGGUCUCCGGCUUUCGCCAGCUGACGCAUGUGCUCCUUAUCUUUGUGCAGCCACGGUGUUCUGCAAACACGCACCCAGUUCAGGAGACGUUACUUGCAUGAUCGACUUUGUGGCCAAAGGAGUGGCUACCAUCAACAAUAGUGGUAGUAUUGAACACCUUGACUUUUUCGCGCAGCUUUGCAACCCAGGCAUGGUCAAUCAGAGGCUUUCGCUCGAACCUUUGUGGUUCGCGGCCAUCGUUCAGCAAAAGCUUCCGGACUUCGUUCCGACUUUGCUUGUAGAUACCGAACGCAUGGUCCGCCAACAAACACUGGAGCUUAGCAACAAGCUUCUUUUCUCCUUGGAUACGGACGAUAACAUGACCGAAGAACCUCGCGCUCCGCAUAUUGAAAUUGGCAGGCAGCUAACCAAAGCCUGCUUGUCAAGAAUCACUGAUCCAUUCCUCACUGGACGAAUUACCAGCGUUGAGUCUAGGCUAGUCUACAACAUUUCUGCGACAGUUACUCAUUGUUUGGAGAACUAUUUCGAUCGCACCAACGAAGAUGAUGAACUCUUCAUUAAACAAGCAAAUGGUAUUGUCUAUUAUCACUUUCUCUGCACGAGUCUUAUAUCACCACUAACAUUUAUUUUCCUUUCAGAUACCCUCGCGCUGCUGGAUCAAAUUACAAUUGACAUUCCCGACGAUUUUGUCUCAGGUACGGUCUAA